AUGGUGCGCGAGCUACGCGUCGACGCCUUCUACGCGCGCAUCAGCGCGGCCGCCACUGCCGCCGCCGCAGCAGGCUCCACAUCGCCGCUCCUGAUCCUCCCGUCCGCCGCCGACGCCGACUCGCUCUGCGCGGUGCGGGCGCUCGCGCACGUCCUCGCCGCCGACUCCGUCCGCUUCUCCGUCUACCCCGUCGCCUCCGCCUCCGCCUCCGCCUCCGCGCCGCUCUGCCUCGUCCUAGUCAACUGGGGCGCGCACCGGGACCUGGUGCGCGCCGUCCUGCCCGAGACCGCCACCGCCUUCGUCGUCGACUCCCACCGCCCCGUCCACCUCCACAACCUGUGCGCGCGCAACGCCCGCGUUGUCGUCCUCUUCACCGCCGACGACGAGCAAGCCGCGGACCUCUCCUACGACUUCGACCUCGCCGCGCUCGCCGACGCCUCCGACCCCGCCGCCGAGGGCGACGCCGACGACCCCCUCCGCGCCGAUUCUGGUUCGACGAAUCCGACUCGGAGGACUCCGACGCCGACGAGGAUGUCGGCGGCAGGAGGAAGAGGCGCCGGCUCUCCGACGACGACGACCCAGACCCCGUGA